CCUGGUAGAGCCGUUUGUCAGGAAAGAACAUUUCCUUCCCCUUUCAGUUCCUAUUUCUCUAAAAUAAGACUGAACACAACAGCAUGUAUAAUAUCUUAAUUUUUAUUUUAAUGUUGAAAGGUGGGUUUUGUUACAAAUCUCAAGUUCAGCGUGGCGUUGAUGUGUCAUUGCGAUGUGAGGUCUCUUUCCUGUCUGAAUCCUCAACAUUGCGGUGGGAGAGAGAUGGACAACAAACAUCCAACACCACUCUACUGUACAACAACUCUGCCUACAUCAUCUUACACACCGUUGAUGAACACAAUAAAGGGGAAUAUUACUGUAGAUUGAUGGAAGAUGGAAGAGUAAAAACUGUUAGGAAUUACACGCUUACUGUCAGUUCAAGUUCCCAGAAGUGGUUCAUCAUAACUGGGUAAUCUUCAAUAGUGGUGAACAGGAGAUGACGACGUAUCACUGGUCUGCAAGUCUGUCAAGAAGUACGAGAGAUGGAAAUUGACCUGGGAGCCGAGGCCUGAUUCACAGAUCAUUGAUCUGAUAGCAGUUGAAAAAGGAAGAGAAGUUCUAGUAAAAGGACCAAUUAAACCAGGAAGACUUUCUUCAACCACUUACAAUGAUCAACUUUUUAUCUUUCACAUCUCACCUGUGAACUUUAAUUAUAGUGGGACAUACAGGUGUAUUACAAAUGAUCAAAAGAUUCCCUACACAACCACAAUGCUAAGAACCAUCAGAGUCUCAGUGGAGCCCCCUGAUGGUGUGUUGAGGAAUCAGUCAGUGAUUCUUACCUGUGAAGUUUCUGAAGUGACUGAUUCAGUGACGCUGGUCUGGCUCAGGAUGGAGGGGAACAGAGGAGUGCUGGAAAAACAGCAAAUUAUGACUGAAAACAAGUUACAGCUCACAGUGAAUCUAUCCAGAUAUGAAACAGAGCCGCUGCACUGGCAGUGUGCAGUUUUUACUGAGAAUGAACUCAGAGCUCUGGCCCCUAUAACAAUCAGUCUUUCCUCAUCAACUACUAAUGCUCCAAAAGACAUCAUGACACAGGACAGUCAUCUACAGAUGGGGAUCGUCGUGGCGUGUGUUGUCACUGGCUGUGUGCUGAUUCUGACGCUGGGACUUCUAGUUUUUAAACGUCAGCGAAAAACAGGAGCUGACAGCUGGUGUAAAAUCAGUCAUGCCAGUUCAGAGGAUAUGUUGGACUGCAGUACUACAGUCAUCUAUUCAGCACAGUGAGCUUUCACUUUGGAAAUUCCUGUACAGAAUCUUGUAGCCUAUUUCCUUUAAAAAAAAAAAAAAGUAUUAUUGAAUGGAAUUGAAAACAUCAAAUGAACCUUGUAUUAAUAAUAAGCUAGUCAUGCAUUAUUUUGGUAUAUUAGGAAUGAAUUAAGAGUAAUAAAUCUUGUUUUAUGCUCAAGUGAGAUUGUGUCGUGAGUGUGCUCUCUCUGUAAGCAACAGGUCUUUGGGUUUCAUUUGCAUGGGAGAAAACAAAUGCAACAAACAUCAUCUGAGUAAUCAGACUUGAAUUAAUAUGCUUGCAUACCAGAAAGAAACCUCCAUGUGGUUUCAUGACACACAACUGUGUUAAAUCUAGCAACGUAUUUCCUGGUAUGGAAAAAGCUACAAAUAUUUAAACUAAAAGUAAGAAUGCAAAAAGAAAAAUACUUAAUUGCAAGAAUUCUAAACUAUGAGACAUUCAUAAAAAUAAAUGUAAAAUGAUUGAAUCCCUACGUGCACCAAAGUCUUUAAAAAGUUAUUUCUAUUGCUAAUUUUGAGAAAUGAAAUGUUGUCAGGCACAUUUGAAAUUACUCUGUGUGAAGGCGACGCUUCAAUAAAUUAAAAAACAAUGUUUCUUAUACCUCUUGUCUAACUAUGAUCACCUCAGACAAACACUCAGAACAGGAACACGAAAUAAAAGUUAAAAAAAUGUCUAAUAUUAAGUUUUUAUUUAUUUUAUUUAUUUUUAAAAUUCUUUUAAUUUAUUUCUGGUUCUAUUCAAUUCUAUUUUGUACAUUGUAUUAAUUGCAUUUUUAUGGGCAAAAUCAUAUUGUUUCAAAGCUGAACAAAGACUAGUGCCUUAUAAAACCCCCAGAGAGCAAGGCAGUAAUAUUAAUGGUAAUAUUGACAUUUAUUGUUUAAUUAAAUUAUAAUGAUUAUAAUUACUUUCAGUAACAAUGGGUUAAUGAAAUUAAUCAUUUUUACAUGGGCAAUGACAGUGGAAAUGUUUGUAGAUUUGAAGGUGCCUAUAAAAAAACGAGUUUCAAAAAUAGACCUCCUCAAUAAAGUUGGCGAGGUUGUGAGUUUAGAUCACAUUUCAGAUCACAGAUUUGCGCCUGAGAGAAACCUCAAGAUAGUUCAGUUUAGAAAAACAUUUCCUGAACAGGAAAUUAGCGAAUGGUGCAAACCAGACUAGUCUAAAAAUAAUAUUUAGAUUUUCAAACAUGUCUUAUUUUAUUGAUGCAAGAUGACCUAAAAUGUGUUUAUUAGAUCUAUUUAAACCAAGAACAAACAGAAGAUUUAAAAAAGUAUGUUUUCUUUCUUGUGAGUUAGAUUUUUAGACAUUUGUUCAUAAAAAAAUAAAAAACAAUUAGUGCUAGUAAAGUAACUCUCUGCAAGAACAUUUUGUUUAAAAUUCACAUGCUGGUUGUUUUCUAUGACAGACAGAUUUCUGAAUUUUGCACCGCCCAUUAAAAUUUACUGGCUAGUUGUUUCUUCAAACUCUUCAGACUGCAUCAUUUUAUCCGAGACACUGGAAAGAAGAAUCAUCAUGCCAUUUACACCUUUUAAAAUCUUUAUUCUGAUGUGUGGAUUUUGUUCCCGAUUCCACACUAUCGAAUAUCCACUGAAUAAAACUGCCCAAAAGGAAGUUCAGCGUGGCGUUGAUGUGUCUUUGCGAUGUGAGGUCUCUUUCCUGCCUGAAUCCUCAACAUUGCAGUGGGAGAAAGACGGACAACAAACAUCCAACACCACUCUACUGUACAACAACUCUGCCUACAUCAUCUUACACACCGUUGAUGAACACAAUCAAGGGGAAUAUUACUGUAGAUUGAUGGAAGAUGGAAGAGUAAAAACUGUUAGGAUUCACACGCUUACUGUCAGUUCAAAUUCAUAUACUGGAAAUAAUAAUAAUACAAUUUACAGACUAAGCUCUAAUAAUAGUGAUGUAUCACUGGUCUGCAAGUCUUCCAAGAAGUAUGAGAGAUGGAAAUGGACCUGGGAGCCGAGGCCUGAUUCACAGAUCAUUGAUCUGAUAGCAGUUGAAAAAGGAGGAGAAGUUCUAGUAAAAGGACCAAUUAAACCAGGAAGACUUUCUUCAACCAUUUUCAAUAGUCAACUUUUUAUCUUUCACAUCUCACCUGUGAACUUUAAUUAUAGUGGGACAUACAGGUGUAUUACAAAUGAUCAAAAGAUUCCCUACACAACCACAAUGCUACACACCAUCAGAGUCUCAGUGGAGCCCCCUGAUGGUGUGUUGAGGAAUCAGUCAGUGAUUCUUACCUGUGAAGUUUCUGAAGUGACUGAUUCAGUGACGCUGGUCUGGCUCAGGAUGGAGGGGAACAGAGGAGUGCUGGAAAAACAGCAAAUUAUGACUGAAAACAAGUUACAGCUCACAGUGAAUCUAUCCAGAUAUGAAACAGAGCCGCUGCACUGGCAGUGUGCAGUUUUUACUGAGAAUAAAUUCAGAGCUCUGGCCCCUAUAACAAUCAGUCUUUCCUCAUCAACUACUAAUGCUCCAAGUACAUCAACAGAAACCUCGACAGUAACAAACCAAGUAAAGGCUACUGUAUCCUCUGUUUUGGCUCUGUUUACUGGGAUUCUGCUUGGAGCUCUCUUGUAUUACUGUUACAGAAAACGAAUGUCAGUGCACUCUGACCCUCAGGAGUCUGAACCAGUCUAUAUCAACAUCAGCCAAAUGAGGAAUGACAGAGUAGAGCACAGGAACACACUGGGAAACAGAGAGAAGAGUCCUGAAAUGUACCAUCAUAUAAGAAGAAACAGAUAUGAAAAAACAAACGUAUAUAAAAGAGAUGAGACACCAGUUACACCAGAGAGUGUGACCUACGCAACCAUUUAUUUCAACAAAUCAAGGUUCCAGACCUAAAGAUAAUUUCCCCACACAGUCAUGAAAACUAAGGGAGAGAGAAUUUUGUCAUUUAUUUAUAUACCCUCAGUUUCACAGACAAGGCUUAAGCUAGUCCUAGACUAAAAUGCAUGUUUGAGCUGUUUUAACUGCAAGUAACUUGCACUGACAUAUCUUAAAAUGUCAGUGCCAUUGUUUUGUGUCAAGAUGCACACCAGUUAUGUUUUUUUAGGCACGUUUUUAAAAGCUACUUAAAUGUCCUAAUUGAACUAAGGUCUAAUCCUGGCUUAAUCUAAUCACUGUCUGUGAAACAAGGCCAUAAUGUUUAAUUUAUAUGAACCUCAAACUAUUAUCUCAUGGAGGAAGUAUAAGCACUUUCUAAAUGAAACAGCAGAUGGCGCUAUCUGAUUACAUAAAUAAUCUGAGACCGUUUCAUGGUGUUGUGUGAGAAACACGCUUAACUGCCUUCUGUAAACUACCACAAAUAAUAAUCUGACUGUCUAAAACUGUAUAAUUGCAUUUCUUAAUUAUUUUGUGUUGAGUCACAUUUUUACAAGCAUCAACUAAAUAGUUAAUUAUUAUUAUGACUUAGCAUUUGUUAUAAUAUUAUAUCCGCUUUCAUAUUAGUGCAUGUACACGCUGGUGAAAUGGCCAUUUGAUGGCACUGUUUGAAAACAUACUUGAAAUAUAAUGAUAAAAAAGUGUAAGUACAAAAAAAGGAAAAUGCAGUUACACAUCCUCUUC